UCCUGCUGCUGCUGCUUGUCUCUGGAAGCCUUAGACACACACUCACACCAAACACAUUAACUCUGCUAAUGAAGUAGUGAGCAGCAGCACCUCCUGACCGCCAUUCCGCACCAAAAACUUUCCAUUUUCCUCUUCCCACUCUCUGGGACUUCCUUUUGAUUUUGCUGUGUGGAGGAGGAGGAGUGUGUGUGUGUGUGGUGGUGGGAUUUACAGUCUCCUUUAACGCUUGCUGGGACCUAGGAAAAGAAGAGUUACACCAUGUACUGCAAGUGAAAAAGUCUCUGUGUGUGUUUCUUGCAGAAGUUGAGGCUUUUCUCUGCUGCUUCCAGAAGUGAAAGCUGUGCCUUUAAUACACGUUGAGUGAGGUACCCAAGGAUAGGAAACUGGCCUGAAGGGAAAAUCUGGGGGAGACUGGGUAUUUGGCUACAUUUGCCCCUGAACUUAUCUACUGUCGGAUGUGGUGAUCUCAAUGGUAACGCAAACCCCCAGACUCUCGACAGCAGCCUGCGAGGAACAGCAUUCAGCAGCUCAAAGGUCUCACGACCAGGGUUCAUCAGGAUUCAGAGUUCAACAUACCAAUCACUUGCGAGUUGUGAAAUUUGAUGAGAAGAGAGCAGCGUGGGCAAAACAAAUACCUCUACGAGCGUGGAUCACACUUCUUGUAAACCUCAUCAUAUUGAGGUGGGGCUAAGAUGAGCAUAACCAGUGACGAAGUGAAUUUCUUGGUGUAUCGCUAUCUCCAGGAGUCAGGUUUCUCCCAUUCGGCCUUUACAUUUGGUAUCGAAAGCCACAUUAGUCAGUCUAACAUCAAUGGAACACUAGUGCCACCUGCUGCCCUCAUCUCUAUUCUUCAGAAAGGCCUGCAGUAUGUGGAGGCUGAGAUCAGCAUCAAUGAAGAUGGUACAGUAUUUGACGGCAGGCCCAUAGAGUCACUGUCUCUGAUCGACGCUGUGAUGCCUGACGUGGUACAGACCAGGCAACAGGCGUUCAGAGAGAAACUAGCUCAGCAACAAGCCAGUGCAGCAGCAGCAGCGACGGCAGCAGCAGCAGCCGUGACAGCGACAACGGCAGCAACCACAACAGUUGUUUCCCAGCACAACACACCAAAGAACGGAGAAGCCACUGUGAAUGGAGAGGAGAAUGGGGCACAUGCAAUAAAUAAUCAUUCAAAGCCAAUGGAAAUUGACGGGGAUGUUGAAAUACCUCCUAACAAAGCAACAGUCCUUCGGGGCCAUGAAUCAGAGGUGUUCAUCUGUGCCUGGAACCCUGUCAGUGACCUACUAGCGUCUGGAUCUGGAGACUCAACUGCCAGAAUAUGGAAUCUCAAUGAAAAUAGCAACGGUGGUUCCACUCAGCUAGUUUUGAGGCACUGUAUAAGAGAAGGAGGACAUGAUGUGCCCAGCAAUAAGGAUGUGACUUCAUUGGACUGGAAUAGUGAUGGAACGCUAUUGGCUACAGGAUCAUAUGAUGGUUUUGCAAGAAUAUGGACAGAAGAUGGUAACCUUGCGAGCACCUUAGGUCAACACAAAGGUCCCAUAUUUGCUCUGAAAUGGAACAAAAAGGGGAAUUACAUUUUAAGUGCUGGCGUUGAUAAAACAACAAUAAUUUGGGAUGCUCACACAGGGGAAGCUAAGCAGCAAUUUCCUUUCCACUCAGCCCCUGCUCUGGAUGUAGACUGGCAGAACAACACUACUUUUGCCUCCUGCAGUACUGACAUGUGCAUUCACGUAUGCAGACUUGGCUGUGAUCGCCCAGUCAAAACCUUUCAAGGACACACAAAUGAAGUCAAUGCAAUUAAAUGGGACCCUUCUGGUAUGCUACUAGCGUCCUGCUCUGAUGAUAUGACAUUAAAGAUUUGGAGUAUGAAGCAAGAUACAUGUGUACAUGACCUUCAGGCUCACAGCAAAGAGAUUUAUACUAUCAAAUGGAGUCCUACAGGACCAGGCACCAGUAACCCAAACUCCAACAUCAUGUUAGCCAGUGCUUCAUUCGAUUCUACUGUUCGGCUGUGGGAUGUUGAACGAGGAGUCUGCAUUCAUACAUUAACCAAACAUCAAGAACCUGUCUACAGUGUAGCUUUUAGUCCUGAUGGGAAAUACCUGGCCAGUGGGUCCUUUGACAAAUGUGUCCAUAUAUGGAAUACUCAGAGCGGAACUCUAGUACAUAGCUACAGAGGCACUGGAGGGAUCUUUGAAGUCUGUUGGAAUGCUAGAGGAGACAAAGUGGGAGCAAGUGCAUCAGACGGAUCGGUUUGUGUUCUAGAUCUGCGGAAGUAAAGGUGAAGUGUUUUAGGAGAAAUUUCAAAUGGACCAGCAGUGAAUGUGUGGGGAGAAGCACUCUUCAAAACUAUUCUUAACAGCUCCAGAACUGUACAAACUUGAAAAAAGUUAGUGUGUACAAUGAAACCAACUCUCCCUGGCCACAGAAGUCUAGUAUUUUGCCCAUAACCUUCAUCAAGGAGUAAAAACACAGUCACUUGAGAGGGAGAGAGGAUGGUUUUCACCUGGAAUAUUCAGCCUUGGAAGCAUGAAGCCACCAACUAGAGACUGCACUGUUUGACUUGCAUCUGAGAACUUGCUUUGAUGGCUGGAAAAAAAAAAAAAAGCUGUGCCAAAAAAUAAUAAUAAAGAAACAAACUAAGCGAAAUGCUGUGAUAAACCAAAAGGGAAAAAAAAAAUCCUCCUCCAUGUGGUGGUGUAUUUUUUUCCUUCCAAUUUGGACACUACAGUUGCUCUCCCAAAGGACAUUCAAAGACCAGUUUGUACUGAUGAAACGCGCAACUUUGUAAUCACAACACUUUCUAUUUUCUAGACUACUUUUUUGUUCAGUGGUUUUUCUAUCAGCUGGAAUAUUAUGUCCUGGAGUAUCCCAGGCUUAGGUUGGAACUGAUUUUUUUUUUUCUUUUUCCUUCCCUUCUCCUUCUUGUUUCUCUCUCUCUCUCUCUCCCUCCUUCCCCCUCCUGUGUGCCCACAGUAGAUGCAGCCAGUUGGACAUGACAACAAAAAAUUUCGACAGUCUGCUUCUCCUCUUUCUCCGUUCCCCUCCCCCCCCCGCCUAUUUUUUUAAAAUCCCUCCAUGCUUCAGAUCUUAGCAUCUCAAGGGCACUUUCAGCAAAUUGUGUAAUAAGUGCUUUAUAUAAGAAUGCAGUGCUGGGGAAGAUUUUUACAGGCAAAAGAUGACUUUUAAGAGAGAGAACCCAGUGUAUUUUUGGAAAAAAAUAUUUUUUAUGUUAAACAUAAUUUUAAAAGCCUAAAAUAGCCACCAAACGUAGACUGCUUUGUGUAAUUCAAGCAAAAGAAUGACUCAAGUGGAAUCCACGGUACAUUAAAGAUGCAGUAUCAUUUUCCUCUCCUUUGUCUCAUAAAGUGCUGUAAGAAAAUGUCAUUUCAUACAACAAAUAUCAGGUUUUAAACAACAAUAACCUCUUCCUGCAGUCAGAAGUUUACAUGGGCUAAUUUUUAUUUUUGUGGCUGUAUGACUAAGUACAUUUAUUAAAAGAAUACAGAAGUUUGAGGUUAUAUAUACAGAAUUCAUAUCUUUGGGUCCAUAUACCCAAAUACCUGUAGUAAUUAAAGGAAAACAAUUGUAUAUGCUCUUUCUUGGAGAAAUGGUCCCAAAUUCAUAUUAAGGCUGCAUUCUGUCACUCUCAGUCAUGUUCAUAGGACUGGAAGGGACCUCAAGAGGUCAUCUAAUCCAGUCCCCUGCACUCGUGGGGGGACUAAGUAUUAUCUAGACCAUGCUGACUAGAUAAUACCUCACUCCACUAGUCAUCACAUUAGGCUGAUCCUCUUCCCAUUAAGUCAAUGGGACUUUUACCACAGAUUUAAUAGGAUCCCUUCUUCCCCUUUGGAUUCCCCUAGUAUAGGCACUGCAGAAGACAGCUAUCAGAUUGCCUUCUGGGAUGCUUUGCAAAUCAUGAUGACAGAGGGCACAGGGUUAGGGGCAGAAAAGGUGUGCCGUGGGCAGGGUUGCAGCAUACAGUGCUGUGGAGAUUCCCGGCAGUGCUGUAGACCAUGGAGUAGUUCAAGGAGGUGGCCAUAACUUAGGCCCUAAGAACUAAACCAUGCCAGGGCCCUCUCCAUCCCAUGGAGCAGCCCAGGAUCAGAACAGUGCAAAAGUGGCUUAAAGCCACCAUAGCACCUCCAUAGCGAGUUGAGUGCUGUGCCUCUCAGAGGUGCCACACAGAAUCUCACCCGUUUCUUUCAGUGGGGUUGCCCAACAGGAGUAAUUUGUAAGACCCUGACCCAUAAUGCUUAAAGUGGUAUGAAAAUGCCCAAGUUACUUAGUAUAUGGAAUUAAUAUUUUAUUUCAUCUGAUGUUUUUCUCUCUUUACUGUGACACGCUGACACUAUCUUGGCCUUUUCACAGGAACUAACCACUGCUCACUCAUCACAAGCCCUGUGAUGUACGAUUGGAGAUCAGAAAGUAAUUAAAACAAUUAAACUAUUCAGAUGUUUUGGUCCUGAAGUAGAAACAUUUAGGUGGAAUAUUGGUUGUUGAUUGCUGUUGCUCUUUUUUACCCCCAAAGAAUGGAAGGUGGGAAGAAGGAAAGUUAUUUUCCUUGAGGUAACAAAUCCAUAGAGCAUUGGACUUUAGAUGCCCAGAUGACAUUUUUGAACUGUUUUAUAAUAGCUGCCUCGGCUGACCUGUUUAAGCUCUUGAUAGGAAAAAGAGUCCUUGUUAGAAGAGAGAACUGAGCUUUAUUACAGAAGUUCAGUGAGGUUUUAUAAAGGACUGCUGAUGUAAUUACUCACUAGUGUCAUUGUGAGUGUUGACGGUUCUCAUUUUAAGCCUGUGCCUAUGAUGCACAGGAGCCUUGGGUUGAAUUUUCAAGGAUAACAGGAAAGCAGCAUCUAUUUAGGGGGGCUCAGAAGACAUGCUCAGCAGUGUGCUUCUUUUGGGUCUGCCGUUUGUGUGACUCUUGAACAGGCCAAACAUCAAGAUGUGGUGAUGACAGGAUAGGUGAUUUUAGUUCAGUUGCUUUUUUGGCCUGGCUUUCUUGUUACACAGACAUAUCUAAAUCUGAUGGAGCCUGUUCCAGGAAUUUUAACUGGGAGAUACUUUGUGGGUGUCAAAGAAACAUGUUUCAUUUUUGAAAUGAUCUAAAUUAACACCAUCUUGUCUCUGCUAAGUUACAUAAAAAGAAGAAAGCGAGUAAAGCACAGUUUCAGAAUUUGGCAAGUAUCAAAUUCUCUCAUGUGAAAGGCGCUAUUGUCCCAAAGAAGAAUUCUGUAUACAUACACGUUUUGUUAGCCUCCUGCAGACUGACCCAUUAACCUUCCUGGAUGCUUACAGGAAUUUUACCUUUACUGGCUGCAUGGAACUGGCCUUGAGAUAAAAUAGCAACCUUUGAACACGUGCCCAGGCUUUGCUUCUUUAAUGUAGGUUACUGCAUCUUUAAUGUAGAAAACACUGGGUCCCUUAUGGGGCAUUAAAGGGCCUGACAGUUACAGGGUUAAACACGCACUAACCCCAUGCUACAUCUUAGGAAUUUCCUUUUGAUUUGUUUUUAAAAAGAAAUUAAAAACAAACCUAGGUAAUUAUAGAGCCAAGUGAAGUGCACUUUGUCAAAUGUAAGGGUCUGCUUUGGUUUUGCGGUUUACUUUUCCUUUUUCUUUUUUUUAACUUUUUUUUAAAAUGUGGUUCUUUGUCAAUUGCAGAAAUGUUCUUUCAGCCACUCACUGAAAUUUUGAAUUCUGGUUUCUGCAGUUUUUAUUGUCUGUGUCAGACUUGCAGCCAGACUUUGGUUCUCAUUUCAGCAUUUCCCAGAUUCUGUUGAAACAACAUCAACCCCUGUUUUGUUUCCCCUCCACCUGCACACUCUCAGAAAUCACCUUGUGUAUUGUAGCUCAUUUGUUUCAAGGAGAGAAUCAACAGAUCAUAUUCAGUGUCUUGAAUAAAUUGCUAUAUUUUGAUAUUAGAGAA